AUGCCUUUAAUACAAAAAAUUCAGGCUAGACCUAUAUCAUUUCACUCAAUUAAGUCAUUGUUCAAAUCGACUGGUUCAACUGCAUCCACGGAGUUAGAGAAACCAUUGACAUCAUUGCCAAAUGCCACUGGUAUAGGAGCUUUUGCUGAACCUGUUACAUAUCAGGUUUUAGGUUCGUCUUCAAACUUACUGAACAUCAAAUUACCGAAGUCCUCUAUAUUGAAUCUUCGUUAUUCAAGUUCUAAUCAAAAAAUAAUAGCAAUGAAUGGUCACAUAAAUUCUUUGUGCUUAGAAAUAAGCAAGACGGCCGACUCCGGUUUAAUAUUCCAAAGGUGUUUCAAUGAGAAGGAGGCCAUGUCAUUUUUGAUUGCUCCUAAAGCACAUAAUUCUUGCUUUGCAGUUGCUGAAAAUGGAGAGUCCAAUUGGAUUCUAAAAAAAUCGUCCCUCCUUUCAUGGUCGGGGCCUGGAAUUAGACCAGUAUCCCCAAAAAAUAAUUAUUCGUAUGUCCAGAUGAUUGGAAGUGGAAGUUUUGUCAUAUCAUGUCCAGGACAACUUAUUCAACUUGAUUUAAAAGAAGGAGAGAACAUACAGGUAAACACCAAGUCUAUCGUUGCCUAUACCCACUCAAGAGGAGAUGAUGGCUCGUUCAACGAACUUGAGGGUAACGUGAAAAGCAUCGUUGAUUUUAGUGUCGGAAGAGCUCCAGCAUCUCUAAGAUUCAAUUGGGUUUUGAGCUAUUUGAAAAUUCCCGAAUCCGUGUCAACUGAUCCUAAUUUCAAAAUGAUAUUGCAUACAUUACAUUCACUAACUAAUUAUAUCAAAACCGCUAUACUCAAGCUUAAAAGUCUUAUUCCAUAUCAUAGAUCAGACGUCUUUGUUGAACUCAAAGGCCCUAAAACAUUAUUUCUAACUAACUCAGUCCACGUAAAUGAUAGAGUCUUAACAAAGGCUGAAAUAAAUAGAUUAACUUAUACAUAA